GAAAAAUCAAAAUGUCAAAUAAAUAAUGACAGCUGAACAUUCCGCGACCACACUGUACAGUGCUUAAAUAAAUAGAAACGGAUUUUUCAUAAUAAACUCGCAAUAUAUCAAAUAAAAUGACGGAUAAUAUAGAGUACUAUCGAAAUCAAAUCACUCUAGCAAGGACUGAAAUCAAGAACUUGCGGCAGCAAAUAUCAUCACUGAAACAGGAGCAUACGAAGGAAAUUAGAUACAUUAAAAACCAUCUGAAUGUGCUGCGAUGUGCUAGCUGUGGCGACAUAGCAACAACAGUAGCAGUGAACCAAAAUGGGGGGGAUGUUCUUCCGUUGGAUCCAGAAGCCAUUACGUAUAAGCCCAUCGGAUUUAUUGAGACACCAUUUCAUAAUAAACGGGGAGUACCACGUCAACCGUCUGUGAUGUCUAAUGCAAGGGGAGCUGCGGUUAUUGAUACUAACGUAUUUAGUAAUCCGGAGCAUGCUUUGAGUGGUUUGGAGGAAUUUUCUCAUAUAUGGAUAAUAUUCCAUUUCCACAUGACGGAAAGCACCAAUUCUCCUGCGAAGGUAGCGCCUCCUCGACUCCGCGGUGAGAGACGAGGUGUCUUCUCUACUCGUUCCCCUCAUCGAGCUUGUCCCAUAGGACUCUCGCUGGUCAAGAUAGAGAGAAUUGAAGGCAACAAAAUAUAUUUCCUGGGUGUGGACAUGGUGAAUGGUACCCCAUUACUGGACAUAAAGCCGUACAUUCCUCAAUAUGACUACCCCAUACCUGGCUUCGGUGAAAACAACAUGUCUUCUCUUGUCCGGCCACCCACGGAAGGUAUAAGUGAUGCAGCAGAAUCACUGGCCAAUCUGGCUGUUGAUGAUGCAAAUUUUGAUACAAGGAGUCUCAGCCCAAGGAUUACGAAUCCAAUCAGCAUAGACACAUCCACACCUUCACCCCGGUCUCCUUACGAUGAUGAACCAUCACCGGAACAACCAAACAAUGCUGGGACUCCAAUAUCACCUUCAUCGGAAUCACCAUCAAGUGGAAACUACCAAGCGCCUGCGAACCGACGGGCUGACACUGAAAGAGGUGCACCUGAUGGCCAAGAAAGGUAUACCCCACCGCAAUCUGCUCAUCUGACCAGCAUAACUCACGAUGGUAUCAGAGUAGCACCAUGGAUUUCAAAUCCACCGUCUCAAAGCUAUGUUGUGAGAUUCACUGAUGAUGCCCUAGCCCGGCUUAAUGAGCUAAUUGGAGACCGAGCACAGGCCUUCAAGGCUAACAUAGAAUGCCUGCUAUCCGAUGACCCGAGGUCCCACUAUGUAAGGAAUAGAUAUCCCGAUCACGAGUACAGCUGUGUACUAGAAGAUUUAUCAAUAAGUUGUGUGUUUGAUGCCAGUACAUUGAUCUGCACAAUUGUAGCUAUAAGGAAUGCUGAAGAUUUACAGACGUAAUGUAGAAUAUUAUUAUUGUCUUAUAUAUAAUUUAUUGUAGCACAUGAAAUCAGUCAUCUGCACAUGUUUGUUAUGAAUUUUAUUAUUGCGAUUGAAAUAUUAUAAAUCAAUUUUAUUGAA